AUGGAGGCCAAGGCGAUCGAGCUCCUGGCCAUCCUCAGGAACAGCAAUGCUUCCGUCGACACCAAAGUCACCCACAUGACUGCGUUGAAGUCUGAGAUCAAACAGAAGAACGUGCCAGAAUCCGCCAUUACUCCCAUCUUCGACAGCGUGAAGCAGGCCAUAGCUUCCCCCCACACCUCUCUCUCCGGUGCUGGUUUUUCGGCUCUCGGUCAUCUCCUCAAACGGCUCGGAAUCCAGCAACAGCAACAUGCAGUCGUCCUUCAGAGCCGCUAUCUCUACCCGCUGCUCCUCGAACGCCUCGGCGAUCACAAGGAACGGGUCCGCGCGCAGGCGGCCCAAGCAUUCACCGAACUCUGGUCAGCGGCAGGCGCAGAUGUCGAACACCAUGUGCUCGAGGUUGCACUGACGGGAAAGAACCCGCGCGCGAAGGAAACGGCCAUGAAUUGGCUUAGCACGAUGACCAAGCAGUACGGUCUGCUUUUCAAGAACCAUGUUGGCCGGCUGGUUGCCUGUUUGGAGGAUGCAGACAGUGGUGUUAGAGACACCGCCAAGGCUACUGUCAUUGAACUCUUCCAGACCGCACCCCCACGAGCCAAGUCUGAUCUCAAGAAGCAACUGACGCUUCUAAAUGUCCGCAAGUCUAUUGCCACUGCAAUCAUCAACAGCAUUGACCUCGAUGGAUCCGUCGACCAAGAGAUGUCGACGACCACGACGACGACGAAGACAACUAUGACUAUCGAUCCACAACCUCGUGUCGAUUCUGCACUAAGACCGGCAAGCAGCUUUUCACACCGUGCUCCCACGACGAAGGCAACUAUGACUAUCGAUCCACAACCUCGUGUCGAUUCCCAGCCUCGAUUCGAUUCUGCACUAAGACCGGCAAGCAGCUUUUCACAUCGUGCUCCCACGACGAAGACAACUAUGACUAUCGAUCCACAACCUCGUACCGACGAGGGCGAAAAGAUCGACCCUCUCUACAUCCAUUCCCAUCGCGAAAUCGACGACAUGACGCGCGAGAUGACUCCCGACUUUGAAGGAAGAGAGUCGGAACAGAACUGGACUCUCCGCGAGAAGCAUGUCAUGACGCUUCGCAGACUAACGCGAGGCAACGCACCUCACACCUACCCUCAGCAGUACCUUGCCGCCAUCAAGACCCUGCUAGACGGCAUCCUCAAGACGGUCAACUCCCUCAGAACGACUCUGUCUACUGCCGGAUGCCUCCUUAUCCAAGACCUUGCCCGAGUCAACGGACCCGGAAUCGACCACAUGGUUGAAAUACUCAUGCAAAACAUGAUCAAGAUGUGCGCGAUCAUCAAGAAGAUCUCUGCUCACAACGGCAAAGUCACUGUCGACGCGAUCAUCGCUCAUGUUUCAUACACCCCCCGUCUCCUGCAGCACCUGUGGCUCGCCUGCCAGGACAAGAACACCCAGCCGCGUUUGUUUGUCACGGGCUGGCUGAAGACUCUGAUACAGAAACAAGCCCAACACAAGGCCUCGGUCGAACACGGAGGCGGACUCGACCUUUUGGAGAAGUGUAUCAAGAAAGGACUGGCUGAUGCCAACCCGGGCGUCCGAGAGGGGAUGCGGGGAACUUUCUGGGCCUUCUACGCGGUGUGGCCGGACAGGGCCAAUGAAAUACUCUCUACUCUAGAUUCGAAAUCGAGGUCGUUGCUGGAGAAGGACCCAGCGAAUCCGAACCAUGGCGAACCAUCGCUGUCGACUUCUGAUCAAGCACGACCUGCGUUCUCGAAAAGCACUUCUGCUGCACCAACCCGCACUUCGCUGAAGGAGGCUAUCGCGGCUCAGAGGAAGGCCAAGAUGGCGGCUGCGUCCAAGGCGACACCCGAUGCGAAGCACGCACCUUCUGCUGCAGCUCCUACCUCUUCUUUAUCAUCUGCACCUAUGCGACCAGCUCUGAAGCCUCGUCGUCCUGAAGCAUCUCGCCCAGUGACACCGGCUACGAGGCCCUCACAUCCUGUGCUCCCGAAGUCCACAACGGACUCGGCGCCUACCACCACCACCACCACCCGUCCUGAGACAUUCCGCCCAGUGACACCAACUGCGAGGUCCUCGAAUCCAGUGCGCCCGAAGUCCACAACGGACUCGGCGCCAACUACUGCCACCACCACCACCAAGCCAAAGAGACUUGGUGGUUUCCAGUCGACCGAUACUGUGACGACAGUCGAAAAGCCAGAGGCAAAGCCCGAGGUCGACAGCAUGGAAUAUGAGACGGUGACAAUCGAAAAGCCAGAGGCAAAGCCCGAGGCAGACACUAUGGAACUUCAGACGGUCACGACGGUUGAAAAGCCCGAGCUAAAGCCCGAGGCAGACACUGUGGAACUUCAGACGGUCACGACGGUUGAAAAGCCCGAGCUAAAGCUUGAGGCAGACACUAUGGAACUUCAGACGGUCACGACGGUUGAAAAGCCCGAGCUAAAGCUUGAGGCAGACACUAUGGACCCUGAGACGGUCAAGGUAUACGAAGACUCACAGUCAAACGACCUUGCCAAAUCUUUCGAGUUCUCUGAGGAUAAACUCAUCCUCAAUGACACACCUUCACCAUUCCUCCUUCGUCCUGAACGUCUCCAACGUAUGCAACAGAUGCAAAACGAAAACAUGGGCCCCGAUCACAGCAGUCUGUCCACGCCGUGUCGGACGAUUUCGAGCCCCUUGGAAGAACGUUCUCUGAACGACUCCUCACUCCGUCUCUCAUCACUAUCCUUGCGCGCCGCUUCGAACCCAGAUUCAAACCCGACUUCAAACCCGACUUCUAGAGCGAACCGUGAGAGCUGGAUCAGACUCGAAUUUGCACACAGAUGCAAGAGUAUCAGUCCGCGCUCGAAAGAUCCUGCCGCGGCCCGAGAAAUCCUGGAGAAAGGAAUCACCAAAAUCAAGGACAAUAAGCUCGACGUAUACGGUUACCGCAAAAUCCAAGGUCUCAUCAAGUUCCAUGAGUCCAUGUUUAACCCAGGGGAAAACGCUGACACCGAUCACCUCUACAUGCUCUUGCUCCUUGCCUUGUUCUCCGCUCUCGAAAAGCCCCCUACAUCAAAGCUACCGGCCGCCCUGGACAUCAAGGUCCAGAUUCUAGUGACGAUCCGUGUCAUAUACAUGUUCGGACGCGAACAGUUUGCCCCGUAUUACCCGACUGCCACGACGGCAAUGCUCAAGGCUCGGAAAUACUACGACGCAACUCAUUACAUCGUCAGCGGACUGGAAGAAACUUUUGAAGACUUCGUCGUCGACACCCGCGACGGACACCGCAUGAUAAGAGCCGUCCUCGACCAGAUCGAGACGGAGAAGCGGGACCGAGAAGGUCUCCGCGCGGUGAACAUGGGCAUCUGGGUCCUAACGAUGCUCCUCCGCGACUGCGCCAUGACAAAGACGGCAGUCCAGCAGCCGCUGUUGGAACGAGUGGCCUCGUUCACUCGUUCCAACCUCUCAGACAAAGACCCCGAGGUACGAAAGGGGGUAAUGGACCUUUGCGUCCCUCUUUUCGGCGUCUUCGCCAACGAAGACGCCUUUUUCAGGGCUGUUGACGCCAACCGUCAACAGAAAAACCUGAUCCUCUACUACGUCACGACGAAUCGUUAG